UAAGAGGAGAAAAUGAAAAGGCCUCGCUUAUUAUCCUUGUAAGAACUGGUGGGUGUAGAUAACCGAGCGAGGGUCAGGUCUUAUUAUUCCUACGGUGAAUCUAAUCCACUCUACAAAUAUUCACCAAAACCCAUAUUAAAUUUGUUUCACAAAGUUUCAGAGAUUCUUUAAAGUAAGCCUUCUUUUUUCCUUUUUUCUUUUUUUGUGGGUACCCCUCUCUCUCUUAUUCGCAAGAACAUGCAGCAAUUGAAGUACUGAGCGGCUUUUACCUUCCUCUUCAUAUUCUUUUGUGUGCUUAUUGUAUUUGGCAUAACGGGUUUGGUUCAUUGAUGGGUUUCGCAGCCCGGAGGCUCCUUCUGAAUGGGUAUAGCUUGGAUUCUUAAUUCCUUUUCCACUUGAACGUUUAUUACGAUUGUUGUUGUUACUGGUUGAAGGGAUUUUCUGGGAAAUGGAGCUUAUUCUUUUAUGGGUUUGGCUUACAGAUUUCUCUCAAUUAGGAUAUUUCUCUUUCUAUUUGGUUUAGGACCUUGGAGGUUUAGGAGCUUUUUGCAUUGUUGAGGAUUUAGACAUUUCCUUUUUUUCCAACUUCAGUGAAAUCUUUGAGAGUCCGAUCCCAAGAACUAAGACAAGAAAACCUGUUUUGUCGGUUUUAUUUACCUGGAAGUUGUUCUUAACUGGAGUUUGAUCUCGUAAUUAUUUAUUACCUCCCAUAGUUUAAAGGGUUCUGAUUCUUAAGCGCAGGCAUUAUUUAUUUUAUUUUUUUUUUGAUUGGGAUUCAUGGAAAUGGUUGGUGUUGGGUACUUGAUGCUGAGAAUUGAGGCAAAAGGGAAAUUUUGCUUGGUGGAGUUGGGGUAGUGUUUUCUUUUUCUUCUUCUGUAGAAGGGAGAGCAGAAAUGGAUUUGUGGCUUGUUGCAGCAGCAGCUGGUGCUGGAUAUUUGGCCAAGUAUUGGCAGAAUCUUUCGGGGGAUAAGAGUAGCUUGUCACGAUUGUGUUCUGGGGAUCCAAAUUUUGGAAAAUCCGAGUCACCAGAUUAUCCUUUCCGCAGAUUGGAUAGUAGAAAGAAACUAAGAGACCAUGUUUCUUCAGAUAGGACAGUUUCUGAUAAGGAACUGUCCGAUCUUAACUCGUUAGAUGCUAUUCAAGCAACAGAAGUGGCUUCUACUAGUGGAAUCCAAAGUGAAAAGCUUGGAAGCUUGCGAAAUUACCAGGAUUUUAAUGUACUUUCCAUAUCAAAUUUACAGACUGGAUUAUCAGGGAAUGAAGACCUUCAAGAGGGUGGAAAUAGGUUAACUGGUGAUGUUACUGAUAAUCACGAUGAUUUGUUAGCUUCUACUGGAGAAAUGGGUUCUUUUACUGGCCCUAUGAUGAAUAGAAGCUCUCUUAGAAGCAGACGCUCACAUGUGCAUUUCAUUAAACCGGUAAGUUCUUUGGAGAGUUGUGUUAUGGCUCAAUUAUAUAAGGAACAUGCUGAAAUGAAAGAGUAUGUGCUUAGUGCUCUUCCUUCGCCAUCCGCACCUACGUUGAGGUCAUUGUUUGUGACUGAUGGGAAUAAGAUAAUCAACAGAGCAAAUGACAAUUUAUACGGGGUGAAAAGUAAGCUACAUAAGGAUACCUAUUUACAGAAGAAUGAGAUUGUCUGUGGGGUUCCUCCACUACCAGAAUUGGCUUCUUUGGAUAUUGGCAAGAAGAUGCAAACAAAAAGAGGAAAGGGCGGGACUGGAAAAUUGGGCAGUAAGAGUAAGAUGGCCAAUGGAAAACACUUCCUUUCUCAAGGUGGUACUGAUUCAUCAGAAAAAGCAAUUUUAUUAUGUCUUGGAAUUUCUAUUGGCAUAAUAUCAUCUUUUGUGGCAAACAAAAGAGAAGUUGACAAGUUGAAAGAUUUAUUGAAGCAGACUGAGAAUUUAGUUCAAGAUCUUCAUGAGGAACUUGAAAUGAGAGAUUCAUUGACAGUGAAGGAGCUAGUUAAUGAGAAUUAUGACUCACAGGAUACAUGUGACAAUCCCAUUCAUGAAAGGACACUGAAUUUGUUAUCCUCUGAACAAAAUAUUGGUAAUUCUCCCAAAUACAAUGGUAGAGAUUCAUAUUAUCAAAAAGCAGAGGAGAGUUCAGAAUCUUUGAGUAAAAUUGAGGCAGAGCUUGAAGCUGAAUUGGAGAGAUUGGGGGUCAACGUGAAUGCAUCUGCUUUGCAGAGAAGAUUGCCCGAUCUUGUUGAGCUUGACCCAGAAUUUGUAGCAGAUUUUGCUCAGGGUGAGUUGAGAGUUGACAUGAUCAAGGGACAAGCUGUUGACCAACCAAAGUCAAAUCCAGAUGAGACCGACCCUUCCACGACUUGUCACUCUGGAAACUAUGCAGUCUCUCCCAGAGAGCUUAGCUUGCGUCUGCAUGAAGUUAUCCAAUCGAGGCUCGAAGAACGUAUCGAUGAGCUUGAGGCAGCUCUUCAAAACAGCGAAAGGAAAGUACAUCUCAUGGAAUCUGAACAUAAAAAUCGGAGGGAGUUCUCAAACAAUGAAUUAAGAUGGUCAUCGAGUCGAGAAAAUUCAUUUUCUAAAGAAGAAUGCAUAACCAUGACCCAGCCUAUAGUCAUGAAUUUAUCAGGAGAAGCUCUUGAUGCAUAUAAUGAAGCUUACGAAGAGUUGAUGAAGACAAGUGAGUCAGAAGAAGAGGAUUCACCUUGCAGGGUUUAUGAAAACAUUCUGGGCUCGCAUUCCCUAGGUUGUGUCAUGUUCGAGAGUCAAAGCGAAAGGAUAAAUGCCUCAAUGCCACAUUCUGCAAUCAUUAAAGAGAAAUCAUUAGGUGAGUUACUUUCCCACAGCUUAAGAAUGCCAUCGGAAGAACAAAUUUCCUGGGUUCAAAAAUCAAAUGACAGUUCAGAUAGUAGAGAUGAAAUUAGUGAUUUUGAUGAUGAAAUGGAGAAGGAAUUGAUAAAGCAGAUUGUUGAGAAAACCAAGAAAGGGUCUCCUGUAGUUUUGAACGCCCAAAAGCUGUUGUUUUCAGUGGAUGAACAUGAGCAUUAACAUGAAACAAAAAUUGGUUUUUGCAGUGUAUAGACCAUGAAAGCAAUAUUUAUCCAAUUUCAUACAAGUAAUCUAUUUCUUUAUUCUUUA